AUGACGAGCGCGGCCGUGGGCAGCGAGAGCGUCACGAGCAACCACGCCCUCAAGGGCAGGAUUCAGGACUGGGUGUUGGAAGCGAACUCCGCAGAAGACCAAGGAUCGGACGUGAGUGUCGGAAAGGGCAAGGGCAAGGAAAAGGACAGGGAUGGAAGCGGCACGGCCGGUUGGGAGCCUCCGGUGAACAAGAUCAAGAUCGAGGUCCGCUACGGCAGCAAGCGCUACGACGUUACCGUCGACCGCAACGACGUGUUCCACGGAAUAGAACGCCUCAAGACAUUCGUCUCCAGGAAGAAGGCGCUAGCGUCGAUCACGCCUGAGCCCCAAGGCGGCCGAGUUGACGCCAGCGGCGGAAGCGGGAGGAGGGACGGGGGCGGAGGGGCGUCAUCGUCCGGCAGCGCUACCGCUGCGUCGGCCGCGACCUCCUCGCCGACGGUUCGCCCCGACCGAAUCCGCCUGAUCCACGGAGGGUGCACGCUGGGGUCGAUGUGGUCCCUCAAGGAUGGCGACGUGGUCGUGGCCGUGGACAAGAACUCCCUGACUUCUCCGACCUUCACCGUCAAGAUUGAGGGAGGCCGCGACAUGUUCCUCCUUUCCCGCAGGGGGGAGACCAACUUCUCGCUAAAGCUCCGCAUCUGGCUCAAGUAUCCUUUCGAGCGCCCCAGCAAAGUCACGUUGUGGUACGACCUGAAGGAUGUUGGAGACGGCCAGUACCGAGGGUUCCUCCAAAAGAAUGCCGGUUGCCCACCGGUUCCGGACGCCGUUGCUUCUCCGACGGCAUCCGCAGCUGAUGGCGGAAGCGAGGGGCUUUGUGUCUUGGACUUACAGCGAUCGGACCCAUACAGGUCUCGGAAGCAGUCGAGGCUCUCCCUUACGAGGAUGGACGUCUCAAAACAGCUCUUCCACGCCUUCAUCAACAGGCAGCAAGCGUACGACCUUCCCGUGGAGGUCGGCCUCGUUUCCUUCGGAGAUGACGUUGACGUCCCCUGCGAACCCACCCCUCUCUUCGAGAACUUCCGGGACGAGGUGGACACGUUGACACCGGCCGGAAACACCAAGCUUUUCGACGCCAUCUCAGAGGCUUGCACCUUGCUGGAGAAGUGGCAGACGGAGUGGGUGGAGAAGGCUGACAAGAGGAAGGAGGAGGAAAACCGCAAGAGGAAAGCCGCCGGAGGUGACCAGGCCAACCACGGCCCAGUUCCGGACGAGAAGCGGCCUGUCCUCCGUGUGGUGGUGCUCAGCGACGGAAAGGAUACCAAGUCGACCAUCAGCGCUCACGCUGUCUGCGGCCGGCUCCAGAAGGUGGGCGUGAUCGUCGACUCCAUCACGGUGGGGACCGAGAAGAACAAUCAGCUCAAGUGCCUCUCUCUCGCCACCGGCGGCUACGCUUUCCACCCGAUGACGCUGCGCGCUGCGCUGAGGCUGAACGAGCUUGAGACGGUGCUGCUCGCGGGGCAGAGAGCCCGCCAGCGGCCGGCCGCCAACGCUAGGAGGGUGUCGAGCAAGUACGAGCUGGUGACUGCCGCGCGCCUGGGAGCACCCCACGACACGGAGGAAACGGCGACUCUAAAGGAGGACCCCAUGGCCAGGAGCAAGUGCAACAGCGGCGGUGGUGGGGCUGUCCACCCUGAGCGCCAGAGGCGGGUGCAGCGCGAGAUGAUGGACUGGAUGAAGAACCCGCACCAGGCGUUCGAGGUGUUCCCGAGCGACGAGAACAUGCACUUCUGGAAGGUUCUCGUCCACGGCCCGGCGAGCACCCCCUACAGGGAAGGGUGCUGGAUGCUCAGCAUGUUCUUCCCUCCGGGCUACCCCUCCGUGGCUCCCAAGGUCCGCUUCAUCACGCCCAUCCGCCACUGCAACAUCAACUCCCACGGAAGGGUGUGUCACGCGCUAUUCGAUCGGUCAUGGACCCCCAACACGACGGUUCUGGACGUCAUGUCGUGUGUCUACGGGCUGCUCUUGGCUCCGGACCACGACGACCCGCUAGACUCUACCCUGGCUCUCCAGAUGUACGACUCCAACGGCCAGUACGAGGCCGCGAUCAUCGAGCACGUCAAGGCUCACGCCAGCAAGCCGCGCAAGGUGUGGAAGGCAGAAAUGGAAGCUGCGGGCAUGUCCUCGGGGGAGCGACUGUCCUCAAGCCUCUUGACCAUUGAGCAAGCCAUGGAUGCAUUGUCCGCGGGCCGGUUGGACGAUGCAAAGGAGCAGGCGGCCAUUGCCGCUGUCUUCGCGGCAGGUGGGCCCGCGCCCAUCGCGGGACCCCGAACCACCGGUGGCGGCGGCAGCAGCAGCAGCAGCAGCAGCGCCAGGGCCCACGAGGCGCAGUUCCCGGGACUCAAGGGCGCCCGCGCGUCGGCCUGCCUGGUGUACGCCUGGGCGUUGCUCGAGGAGCCCAGCCCGAAUCUGGAAGAUGUGAAGAAUAUCGCCAACGACGCACGGAUUUACGACUCCACCAGCCCCGAAGUGGACCGUUGCCUGGUGGAGGUGGCCAGGAGGAAGUGGAAGAUGUGCGACCCCACUUCGGUACAGGGCAUCCGCAAGCUCAAGGAGACCGUACACCUCCAGAAGCUGUACGUCGCCAUGCUGGACGAUGGGUCCGCCGUGAAGAAGGGUAGGCGAAGAAGGCUCUGAGCGUCCUCAAGAAGGAGCUCAAGGAUGUCAUGCCCAGGGGCUAUGGACCUGCUGAAGUGUACUAGGGAAACCGUUUUGCUCCUGGAGGAGUAGGUCGACGCAAACAUGGAUCCACGGCAACCCCCUGGCUUUCACAAUGUGCGGUACCAUAGGGGGUGGACGGGGGUGGUUUGUGACGGGGAGUACUAUCGAGCAUUCUUCUUUGUUCUGGUUCAAGGCAGAUGUUACCAAACGCCCCAGCGUGGUGGAGUUCAUUGUGACAGUGACUCAGUUUUCUCCAAAGUUCUUCACGGCAUCGGUUUCCGUAUCCUGCUCCGGUUGUUUGCCUUCGAGAAUCACAGCUCAUUCUGUGGUGUUUUUGGGGAGCUUAGCUGGGCCUGCAGGUUCUGAGGCGAAGCGUUUCAGCAGCCGCUCUUUCGAAAGUCUUCAAGAGCAAAAACGGGCAGAAUCUGUCGCUUUGUCACUCUGAAUGAGCGCGCUUGCAGGUGGUUCGCGUAGGUUUUGGCUUGCUGGCGGUCAAGUGCCAGUCUGCGCGUUUUCUGUGUCACUGAGCAAUCCGCUCCCUUUGUGGCAACAACUACGUGACGAUUUUGACGCAUCAUGGCAAGGCUGCAGGUUCUUGCCGGAUUGUUGGAGCGCGUACUGUAUUUUUGCUGCCUCUGUAUAUCUUGUUGUGUCGUGAUGCUUGGUUUUUUAGGGUACUGCAUCUUGCGGAAGGCCUUCACAAGGUGGGACCCUGGCCUUCUCGCGAUAUACCCACUGGCCGCGGAGCUGGUUCAGCACGUUUUCCAUGUACGUUCCGUGGUGUUUGUUGAAAUACUGUGCUGACGUUUGUCGGGGAUGCCGGUUCACGGCGUCUGUAGAUUCGUCUCGUGACGGUUUUACACGUGUUUGACCUUGUGCUGGAUGUGGCAUGGCCUCCGCGAACGAGCUAGAAGGGGGUGCAAGGUUGAGCGAUCGAGGGCGAUUUUUGGUGCUAUUCUGUUGCUUUGAUGUGGAGUUGAAAUGAAGAGGAGAGGUGAUGUU